AUGGCAGAACAAGAGGAACUUAUGAAACUGUUGCAGAUGCAAAGCAAAUUACUGGAGCAAUUGACUCAAAGAUCAAAGCAGCCAGUAGAAAAUUCGAAGGAACAGUUGAUGGAGUCAUUGGCGAAAAGCAUAGCAGAAUUUUGCUAUGAUGCCACAAACGCACUCACAUUCGACACGUGGUAUGCACGUCACGAAGACGUUUUCUUGGUCGAUGGCAAAGAUUUGGACGAAGCAUCACGUGUUCGCCUCUUAAUGAGGAAGCUAAAUCCAAUUGCGUAUAACAAGUAUGCAACAUAUAUUUUACCAAAAAAUCCACGAGAUUUCACAUUCGAAGAAACAAUCUCCAAGCUGGGAGAAAUGUUCGGUGCAAAUGAAUCGCUCUUCAGUAUAAGAUACAAAUGUUUGCAAAUUAGUAAGAAUCAACAGGAAGACCUGGUAUCGUAUGCAGCCAGGGUCAAUGCUCAAUGUGAAAAAUUUAGACUGUCGGAACUUUCGGCAGAUCAAUUCAAAUGCCUCAUCUAUGUAUUUGGGUUGCAAGCGCACACAGAAGCCGACAUUCGUAUAAAAAUAUUGGCAAAGCUAGAAGAAGAUUCACAGCAAACAUUAAACUCUCUGGUGAGCCAUGCGAAAAAAUUCAUCAAUCUUAAGAAAGAUACAGCAAUGGUGGAAGAGACAAAAGCCGUAAUAACCAACGCAAUACAUGCAAAUACACGCCAAAGCAAGAACGAUGCAACUAAAAAUAGCAAAACAAAUAAAGCGAAGAUUCCAAAAACACCCUGUUGGAAUUGCGGAGACAUGCACUAUGCAAAAUAUUGUACAUAUCACAAUCAAAAGUGUAACAAGUGCAACAAAUACGGUCAUAAGGAGGGGUACUGUAAUUCAUACAGCGCCAGUAAAAGCAAAAGCACAAAACCUCAGCGACACAAGCAACAACAAACGAGCAACAAAGGUCACAACAGUUGCUUACAAGUAAAUUCAAUAACGCUUGUUAAUCGACGCAAAUACACAACAGUAAGCAUAAAGCCGAUAGAAACCGCAACAUCAUCGUUUCCGUCGUGUGAUGUCAGAAUGCAGGUGGACACCGCCUCGGACGUCUCGCUAAUCGGAAAGUCCACAUGGAUACAAAUGGGUCAACCGGGAAUACGGUUGGAGAACAAAUACGUUACCAGCGCAUCAAAAGAUAAGAUUCAACUACUAGCCGAAUUUUCUUGUGAAGCUAGGCUAAACGGGGAAGUACAAUACUGUAAUUUAUUCGUAACAAAUAUUGAUUCUUUGAACAUCUUAGGAGUUGACUGGUGUGACAUUUUCCAUAUUUGGGAAAAGCCUCUCAAUCUCAUUUGUAACAACAUCAUAUCGGUUCAAGAUCAACAAUCUACUAUUUUGAAGCAUAUACAGCAAGACUAUGCGGACAUAUUCAAGCCAGAUCUGGAAAGUUGUAGCACAGUUACAUCAGCAUUGCAUCUAAAGCCGGAUGUUAAACCAAUUUUUCGCGCAAAAAGGCCAGUAGCAUAUUCCAUGCUACCGUACAUUGAAAAAGAACUAAAUAGAUUACAUCAAUUAGGGGUUAUCACCCCUGUAGAAUUUUCUAAAUGGGCAGCGCCUAUCGUAGCAGUGAAGAAACCGUCUGGCAAGGUUCGGAUCUGUGGCGAUUAUUCAUCAGGGCUAAACGCAUGGUUAGAGCCGCAUCAAUAUCCGCUGCACACGCCAGAAGAAAUUUACGCAAAGGUCGCGGGAAGUCAUUGCUUUACCGUAAUAGACCUAUCAGACGCGUAUCUACAGAUACCCGUCACAGCAGAGUCAGCCAAGCUGCUCACCAUUAACACGCAUAUGGGUCUGUUUACGUUCAAUCGACUCGCACCAGGUAUCAAAAGCGCUCCAGGAGCGUUCCAACAAAUCAUGGACACCAUAUUGGCAGGCAUAGAUGACACCGUCGCUUACAUAGAUGACAUCAUUAUAGGCGGUGCAACCUUUGAGAAACAUGUCGAAAACCUUCAUAAAGUGGCGCAACAGCUACAGAAGUAUAAAUUUCGGGUCCAGUUCGACAAAUGCAAAUUUUUUGCUGCACAGGUAAAAUAUUUGGGGAACAUUUUAAGCAAAACAGGUAUAAAACCUGACCCCACCAAAAUAAGCCAGAUUCUAGCACUACCAGAACCAAAAAAUGUGUCAGAAGUCCGAGCAUUUCUGGGCAGUGUAAACUAUUAUGGAAAAUUCAUCGCAGAAAUGUCCAACGUCAGAGCACCUUUGGACAAAUUGCUUCAUAAAAAUGAAAAGUUUAAUUGGAACGCUGAUUGCCAAAAAGCCUUCCAGCAAUUCAAACGCAUUUUAAAUUCAGAUUUAAUGCUUACGCAUUAUAACCCCAAUUUACCAUUGAAAGUGGCAGCAGACGCCUCCAAUAGAGGAAUCGGUGCGUUUAUUUGUCACGUUUUUCCGGACGGAUCAGAGAAGGUUAUACAACACGCCUCAAAAGUUUUAACGGAUGCAGAGCAAAAGUACUCGCAAAUUGAAAAGGAAGCUUUAGCAUUAGUUUUUGCGCUAAAGAAGUUCCACAGAUUUAUUUUUGGACGUAAGUUCACAUUGUGCACGGAUCAUAAGCCGCUAAUCGCAAUAUUUGGUAAAAAUAAGGGCAUCCCAACGUACGCAGCAAAUAGGCUUCAGCGAUGGGCACUAAUAUUGAUGAUGUACGACUUCAAUAUCCAAUACAUUAAAACAACAGAAUUUGGAUGUGUAGACAUGCUUUCGCGCCUUAUAGCCAAUCACACAAAGCAAGACGAAGACAUGGUGAUAGCUUGUACGCAAAUGGAAGAAGAAAUGAACACGAUUAUUGAAGACCAAUGUGAAAAACUUCCGCCUGAAAUUUUUCAAAUAGAGAAUAUCACAACGCAAACAAUCAUUAGCAAGCUAAAUGAAACGCUUUCACGUUACGGAGAUUGUGACACACUGGUCUCCGAUAACGGCACACAGUUUACGAGCGGAGCGUUCGAACAAUUCGUAACAUCGCGGGGUAUUCAACACAUAAGGACAUCGCCUUAUCAUCCCCAGUCCAAUGGACAAGCGGAACGAUCCACACCAAAUCCGAAUGUGGUAGAACGUAAAUCUCCGGCAGAAGCCUUCCUUAACCGGAAAAUCAAAACAACGUUAGACUUAACUAAGCCACAAACAACGAAAAUCAAACAACGAAAUUUAAAACAAGAAAAGCAGUUUAAUGUCAAACACGGAGCAAAAUCUAGAGAAUUUUCGAAUGGAAGCCUUGUAAACGUUAAAUGGCAUCAAGGCAAUGAUACGUUUUGGAUUCCUGGCGUUAUCAUAGAACGGAUUGGUUCUGUGAACUACAAUGUCAGAAUUGAAGUAAAGGGCAACUCAAAACUGAUUAGAUCACAUGCAAAUAAAAUGGUAAAACGGUAUGGAAACCAUACUGGCAAUCGCGAUGUGACUAAAUAUUUAUGCGACGUUUUUGAUCUCACAGAACUACCACGGUUCAAUGAAGAAAAUCAACCCGUACUACAGCCAGAAACUGUUGAAGUGGCUCCCCUAGUGGAAACCACCUCAUCUGGUUCUAAUGCACAUGCAGAAACAAAUAGAGGAACAUCAACGAGUCGCAGGAUUCGUAGACCACCAGCAUAUUUGAAUGAGUAUGAUACUUCCUAA